CAUGUUUAUUCAAUCCGUGCGCUUCAAUUUUCGCGUUGAUUUCUUGCGGACAUUCGGAAAGUGUUCCAGACUUACGGUAGGCACCCCAGCGAAGUCCGCAUCAUCCUCGUGUUUCAGACCUGUUGCCUUUGACGAGUUUGCUCAAAACAUGCGCGCAACAAAGAAGUCUACACCGAUUCUAUGCAUCGUGACAGUUGUCUCAACAUGCAUGCUUCUGAUUUCAGGCACAAACCUUGUGAUCCAAACAAGAACAAAGGUGGCAAAACUCUCAGAGUGAUGAUGAGGGUUCCACUGCGCCGCAGAAGCCUUCACUUUGCUGCAGUUUGACUGAGCCGCAUCAGCCACACUGGGUGUAUUUAUAUUGCCAAAAGGCUGUCAUUCGCCUUCCCACAUAGUCUCCAACGAAACAGUUACGACUGUUUCCUGGUUCACCAAGACGACUCCAGAAUACACCACAAGAUCAGAUGGCCGACCAAGACCGUGGAAACGCGAGCGCUAUGCAGCAUGGCAUAUCCCUACGAGAUACAGACUCCGGCUCCGGCUCGGCAUCGAGCGUUGAAUCCACCCCUAACGACAGCGGCUUCAGUUCUUCAAGCGUCAGAGCGGGCUAUUUUGCACAGCACGGCAUCGUGGCUGGACCCAACGAUGGCUUCAACUCCCUCUUCAAUCGCCUAGCCAUCAAGGAGGGCUGGUCGAAGGCCCAGCGCAAGAAGCGCCGUCAUGAAGCUAUCGCAGACGAGAUCGACGCCAUCUACGGUACUGACAACUCGAAGCUGGAGAAGUGGCAGGAGCUGUGUCGCGACGUUCAAAUUGGCCCUGUUCCUCUGUCAAUCACCAAGUGCAGAAAGGCCCUACACACAGUCUAUGUCAAUCUCGUGAAUCUGAUCGACCAUCGUCGCAACCGGACAGUGCGGCUCAUUCUCUUCCCUAACUACGCAGCGUUUCGCAAGUGGACGCUCGGUGGUAAGAAGGGGUCCCGCAUCUUCCCGAAGCAGCAGGCGAAGGAGGAGGGCUUCAUCAAAGCGCUUCUCAGGGACUUGCACCUCUUUUGAGAGCUUGCGGCCUGCAGGUUCAUACUUUAUGACAUGGCCAUCGUGUGAUUUUGGAUUGGAAUUAUUGGGCUGGAAUCUUGGGGUAUUGACGCUGGAGGAAUGAGAUACUAGUGCCGUUGGAGUCUGGUUCUUGAUCAUCCUAUGUACGGUCGUACCAACAGGAAAUGCAUGGUGAAUCUGGUUCAUUAUAUUGUCCCAAGUCAACGUCUCAGCGAUCCU